AUGGCAGCGCGGAAACUGCAGACCGAGAUCGACAAGACCCUCAAGAAGGUGACCGAGGGCGUCGAGCUCUUCGAGGGUAUCUUCGACAAGAUCCAGACGUCGCAGAACCAGACGCAGAAGGAGAAGCUCGAGCAGGACCUCAAGACGCAGAUCAAGAAGCUCCAGCGGCUACGCGACCAGAUCAAGACAUGGAUGGCGAGCAACGACAUCAAGGACAAGCAGCCCCUCAUCGACAACCGCAAGUUGAUCGAGACGCAAAUGGAGCGCUUCAAGGCGUGCGAGAAGGAGAUGAAGACCAAGGCGUUCUCCAAGGAGGGCCUCAACGCCGCCGCCAAGCUCGACCCGAAGGAACAGCAGAAGGUCGAGAUGUGCCAGUGGAUCCAGACCAUGGUCGAGGAGCUGUCGCGUCAAGUCGAGCAGGCCGAGGCCGAGAUUGAGACGAUCCAGGGCACCAAGCAGAAGAAGAAGGACGCCGAGCGCGAGGCGCGCCUCGAGGAGCUCGAGCGCCUCAACGAGCGGCGCGAGUGGCACGUCAACCGCCUCGAGCUCAUCCUGCGCCUGCUCGAGAAUGGCAACCUCGCGACCGACACGGUCACCAAUGUCAAGGACGACAUCGCCUACUUCGUCGAGAGCAACACGGAGGAGGACUUUGAGGAGGACGAGGGCAUCUACGACGAGCUCAACCUCGAGGACGAGGAGGACGCGUUCGGCAUGGUCCAGGACGACCACCACUCGUCGCACGAGUCGGCGUCCGUCGCCGACGAGCCCGCACCGCCCGUUCCGCCCAUACCCAAGACGCCGGCAAAGUCGGGUCCGCCACCAGCCGCCGCCAAGGAGGACGAGCAGAAGACGCCCGCCAAGCCCAAGGCGGCCGCCGUCGCGACGCCGCAAAAGAAGGCGAGCCUCGACUCGACCUCGUCGUCGUCGUCUCGUCCUCCAGCCGCCGCACCGACGCCGUCUCGUUCCGUCUCGGGUCCCGCAUCCGCAUCCGCGGCGCGAGGCGCCGCCGCCGCCUCUUCCUCUCCCGCACCGCCUCUCCCGCCCAUCCGCUACGCCGCCGCCGCCGCCGCCGCAAACGCCGCCGCCUCGCCGAGCGUGUCGUCCCCAAGUGGCACGGGCGCACCACCAGGCCUGUCGGCGCCCUCACCUGCGGUGUCUGCGCCGGCGUCGAGCAGCGCACCCGACGCGUCGGUCGCGAGCCAGGCGUCGUCUGCGGCGCCGUCGCCCAUGCUGGCGGCACCUUCCGCACCGAGUCCGUCGCUCAGCCCUGCUGUGCGUCCCACCUUUUCUGCCCCUCCCUCGUCGUCCUCGCACGGAGCAGCAGCAGCGUCGGCGGCGGCGCAGCAGCAGCAGCAGCAGGCGGCAGCGCAGCAGGCCAAGGCGGACGCGCAGGCGCGGCAGGCGGCCGAGGCGAGGCUGCCGAGCAGUCUCGCCGACCUCGUCACGAGCUUUGAGAGCGCCAAGCAGAAGUCGAUGCGGCGGGACCAGGACCUGGGCGAGAUCAGCAAGAUCCUCGAGGCCGGCAUGGCCAACGUGCCGCAGCCGCUCGAUGCCGAGAAGCCCAAGUACUACGUGGCGCGGAACCCGUACGCGACGCCGACCUACUACCCGCAAGAGCCGUCGAGCCAGUUUGCGAGCCCGGCGCUCUUUGCCAAGCUCGACGUCGACACGCUGUUCUACAUCUUCUAUUACUGCCCCGGUACCUACCUCCAGUACCUCGCCGCCAACGAGCUCAAGAAGCAGUCGUGGCGGUUCCACAAGCAGUACCUGACGUGGUUCCAGCGCGCCAACGAGCCGACGACCAUCACCGACUCGUUCGAGCAGGGCGUGUACCUCUACUUCGACUGGGAGGGGAGCUGGUGCCAGCGCAAGAAGAACGACUUCCGGUUCGACUACGCGCACCUCGAGCAGUGA